GCGUCCGCCCCUCGCGCGUCACAGUCUCGCAUCGCUUCGCUUCCCAGUUUCGGGUCUCUCGCUUCCCCCGCGCGGAUCUCCACUUCGGCUCUCCCCGGCUCGGCUCGGCUCCCUCCACCUCGGCUCGGCUCAAGUCGAGUCGCUUCGCGAAGGAAAAGGAUAAGCAGGAGACGGCUCGACUCGAGAGGAGGAAAAAGAAAAGAGAAGAAAAAAGAGAAAAAAAAAAGAGGAUAAGGCGGGGAGGCGUCUCGAGCCGGCGGCCACCUCGCGACCCUCAGAUCCGCCCGUCUCCGGAGCAGAUCCGGCUCGCCGGCGGCCGCACGGGAGGAGGAGGCCGCCGUCCGCCGCGGAUCCCCGGCCUAGGGUUUCGCCCUCUUCAGAUCCGGCUUCUUCAGAUCUGGCGCCCGGGCACAUGACACCGACGGUCCUCAUGGAGUUUGGGCAGCAGAGGCAGAUUAAGCGGGGCUACGAUGAAAUGGCGUUCCGGGGCAUGGCGUCAGCGGCGCCACGGGGUUACGCGGAGACCGUUGGCGAGUCGGAGGGCGCGGCAGGCAGCCCCGUUCGUGUUGACUCCGAGGACUCUUCGGCCCCCAAGCGCAAGUGCAUCAGCCUAAACAGCGACGGCUUCGAUGUCAAGCGGGAGAUUUUCGUCCCAGCCAAGAUGUCCUCCUCCGAGAGGAGGCAUCUCCGGAAGAGGUUCCGCACAGAGCUUGAUUCGGUCCGGAAUCUCCUCAAGAAGCCGGAGUUUGCUGUCCCUGUCCCUGUCAAUAGAGCUCCCGCGCUCUCGUCCUCGGCUGCCCCUCGAGGUAAGAAGGGACAGCGUGGUAACCAUGUGGUCCGUGGUGCCAAGGGGCGUUUCUUGCCUACAAAGCCCCGACCUGAGGCUUCCACGGUGUUGACUGAGGAUGCGAUUUUUAAGCAAUGCGAUGCUAUUCUGAAAAAGCUGAUGACUCAGAAAUGUAGUAACAUAUUCGACUCCCCGGUUGAUGCUGUUAAGCUGAAUAUUCCAGAUUAUUUUCAAAUCAUCAAGAAACCGAUGGAUCUUGGAACUAUCAGGAAUAAGCUUGACUCUGGUUCCUACACGAGUCCAUCUGAAUUUGCAGCCGAUGUACGGCUGACCUUUUCAAAUGCGAUGACUUACAAUCCUCGUGGGCAUGUAGUGCAUGAUUAUGCCAUUCAACUAAACAAGAUGUUUGAAUCAAGAUGGAGGACAAUUGAAAAGAAGCUGGCUUCCAUUGCCACAGAGGCGCACGUCGAGGUUGACAGGGCUGACUCAAAGAGGAGGAAGACUCCCCCUGUGGACUGCAGUGAGGUGUCAACAGAGUGUGUGAGGCCAACAGAGUCUGUUAGACCAACAGAGUCUGUAAAGCCAAAAAUGACAUUCGAGGAGAAAGAAUCAUUUGGGAACUGUUUGGCAUCUUUGUCUGAGGAUCCGGAGGUACCUUCACACAUCAUUGAUUUGUUGCAGCAAUGCAUUGACAACAACACAGAUCAGCUUGGUGAUGGAGAGAUAGAGAUUGAUAUCCAUGCUGUCAGUGAUGACCUACUAUUCGAGUUGAAGAAACAUGUUGACAAGUAUUUGCAAGAGAGAGAGCAGAGCCAGCAGGCAAAAUCUGAGCCUUCUGAGAAUGAGGCUGCUAAUGUAUCUGGCCUUAGCCACUCCUCUACAAAUCCCUGCAAAGGUGGUGAUCCAGUUGAGGAGGAUGUAGAUAUUUGCGGGAAUGCAUCCCCUAUAUUGAUAGAAAAAGAUGCACACAACAAUCCUAACAAGUGUGGUAGCCCAAGUAGUUCCAGCAGUGACUCUGGAUCUUCUUCCAGCGAUUCUGAGUCGGGCAGUGACAGUGAAAGCGAACAAGAAAAAGGUGGUAGCCCAGGAAAGCCGAAGGGAAGUAAGAGAUCUGAACAACUGGUGGAGCAAGAAAAGAGUGAUGUUAUAAGUCCAGUCGAUGCCAUCCGUCCUGCUGAUGAUGUGGAGCUCCGUGAGCAGGAUAACGAGUCAAAGCCUGCCCCAGAGGGGGAGAAUUCAAAACCCGACAGGCAAGUCUCCCCAGACAAGCUCUUAAGAGCAGCCCUCCUUAGGAGUCGUUAUGCUGAUGUGAUUGUUAAGGCACAGGGGAUUCUCAGCCAGGGUGGAGACAAACAGGAGGAGCUGGAAAAGCUCCAGAAGGAAGAGAAAGCAAGGCUGUUGGCUGAAGGAAAUGCAGCUAUGGAAGCUCGAAGAGCUGAAGCUGAAGCUGAAGCCAAGCGUAAACGGGACCUUGAGAGGGAGAAAGCUCGCCAGGCCCUGCAGGAGGCUAGUGAAAAAAACUGCAUUUACUGGUGUCGAGCUUUCUUUUUCCCGCUAAAAUUUGAGUGGUUUAACUUAAUGCAGAUGGAGAGAACGGUGGAAAUCAAUGACAACCUCCAUCUAAAGGAUUUGGAAAUGCUUGGAACGGCAACCACAGAACAUAUUGUGAGUUCUGUUGAUGAGACUAGUCCUGAGCAUUCCCAGGAUGGCAUGCCCAGUUUUCUUCCUGGAUCAGGCAAUCCAUUGGAACAGCUGGGACUCUUCAUGAAAGCAGAUGAGGAGGAAGAGGAAGAAGAUCCUAGCAGUGUCCCCAGCACUAAAGAUGCAGAGGAAGGAGAGAUCAACUAGUCCCAGUGCUUGUGGGCUAGUUGCUGAAUUAGCUGUGCAUAUGGUAGACGCUCCUUCCUUCUGCUUCCAAACUAGCUCGAACAAGGCCCUCAAUUUUGAUGCUGCUGGAUGUCGUAAAUUAUGCGCCUGGAGUAUCGCGGUAACCUGCCCUACAAAUCAUCAUAUGUGCUUGGAGGACGGCACAGCCAUAAUGGCCGCGACUUGCGGUACUCCGAGCUGUUGUCGGGUGUAUGUAUGUAGCCAUCUUUGAAGUGCCAUGGCCAGGCCGCAAGGUGGGUAAGCAAUGAGAGGACCAAAUGGUUCUUUGCACAUAGUGAAUUAGUGAUCCAGGUGCUAAAGCUCCCAGCGGCAAAAGGUGUUGCCCAGCGGCUUAUAGAUUUUUCGUUCGUUCGUUCUCUAGUUUUCGGUUUGUCCAAUUGCUUCCUGCUGUAAAUUCGAAUUUUGAUGUAGUGGAGGAAGCGAUAGUUGUUUGCUGGGCAUAUGGGCAAAUAGGAAAAAGCUUCUGCUUUUCUUGUUUACAGGGAAAAAAAAAGAAAAUUCAUGCGUCUUUUAGCGCAAUUUGUUGUCUCCUGUCAGAUGUUUGUCGACUGUUUGUUGUGGAUGUUCAAUAUUCUCAAUACACAAGAUAUUUCUUGUCUUUCCUCA